AUGAAGGCAAAAAAUUACGAACGCGUGGAGAAAUUAUUUCAGCGAUGUCUCAUCAAAAUUCUGAACAUUGAUCUUUGGAAACUUUACCUUCAGUACAUCAAAGAAACGAAGUGUAAACAUCCCAAUUUCAAGGAGAAAAUGGCACAAGCUUAUGACUUCACACUGGACAAGAUGGGUCUAGAUCUCAAUUCCUAUUCCAUUUGGGCUGACUAUAUAACUUUCCUCCGGUCGACUCAAGUCCAGGGUUCCUACGCGGAGAGCCAGAAAAUCACAGCCACUCGAAGAGUCUACCAGCGCGCCAUUGUUACGCCUAUGUUAGGCAUCGAGACCAUCUGGAGGGACUACUGCAUGUACGAGAACUCCAUCAAUCCGCACAUUGCUAAAAAGUUCACGGAGGAACGCAACCGAGACCACGUAAACGCACGCCGUGUCACAAAGGAAUACGAAAGUAUUACCAAGGGUCUGGCGCGCAAUAUGCCCUCCGUACCGCCACAGGUCACACCCUACGAAGUGAAGCAGGUCGAACUGUGGAAGAAGUACAUUCAGUGGGAGAAAAACAAUCCGCUGAAGACUGAGGACCCCAUUACCAUCACCAAACGAGGUAGCUGUCUUUAG